GUCAGAACGGGCAGCUCGGGGUCCUUAAACAGCCAUUAGUGUGAAAACAUUGUAUGGAGUGAAACCACAAGCGAGAAGAGAAGGUCAGGAUGAUCCAGAACAUACUGAACAAAGUAGUCGGUGCCAAAUACAUUUCUAUCCUCAGGACGUGGGUACCAAAUGCAGUCGCCUGGGGCACAGUAGGCGGAGUGGCACUCAUUCACUUCACAGACUGGCGAUUGUUCCUAGACUAUGUGCCGUACAUUAAAGGAAAGUUCAAGAAUGAUGAGUAAAGUCUGACACAAUGUUAAAUUGACCACAACUUGGGGAUGGGAACAUGGCUUGGUCGCCUCCACAAUGCGACAUUAAGUGGGAAACCUUUGGAUCCACAAUCGGUCACCAGGGUUUUGUAGGGGCUUUGGACAGCAGGAUGCACUUUUUAUUAAAAUCUUUGAUCCGUCAAUAUAUAAUGUGAAUAAAAGCUUAUUUACCCAGAUUUGUCCUGUUAUUCUGCAAAUUUCCUACAAAUAAAGUAUUUUUGUUUUAA